GCCACUACCCUGAGCCCAUCGCGGCCCUCGCUGCCAGACGGCAAAUUACCGUCUGGAUCAUGGACUCUCCAGCUGUUACGCAGCUGUUCCGACGACUGUUCCGCCACCAUCCGACCUGUCAAUCGCGGCGGAACCUGGCAGCGCUUGCAUCGGCCAUCCGACAUGUGCGCCGCCAACGACUCCAACAGCAACACCUGUCGCGCCUCUUUCAGCACCGCUCCUAUGUCAGCCGAAGCCGUGGCGGGCCGCAGUCGAGGGCGGCUUUGGAAGAGAGCAAUUGGCAACAGCGCUCCAACCUGUUCCAGCAGGACCUGUCGGACGAGUUCAAGAAGUUUCCCAUGGUGACGGCCCUGGACCUCCGCUACCGAAAAGAGCGGCCGCGUCGAGUCAAGAUGCUCAUGCGAGACUUCAUCGAGGACAGCCUCUACAACCCACAUUACGGCUACUUCUCCAAGCAGGUCGUCAUCUUCUCCCCCGGGGAGCCGUUUGAUUUUCCCUCGCUAUACGACGACCUCGAAUUCCACACCCUCCUCUCCCGCCGCUAUGUCGAGUUCGAAGACGCCAUGGACGCCGUGUCCCCAAGCGACACCCGCCAGCUGUGGUACACCCCAACAGAACUCUUCCGCCCUUACUACGGCGACGCGAUUGCUCGCUAUCUCGUUGCCAACUACAAGCUCACCACUUACCCGUACCAUGACCUGAUCAUCUACGAAAUGGGCGCCGGCCGCGGCACCCUCAUGCGCAACAUCCUCGAUUACAUCCGCGAGGUCGACCCGGACGUCUACGCCCGCACAAAGUACAAGAUCAUCGAGAUCAGCACCCAGCUUGCCACCUUGCAAAACUCGGAAUUGAAGCAGUCGGCCGACGCGCGGGGCCACGCCGACAAAGUGGAAAUCAUCAACCAGUCCAUUUUCGACUGGAGUCACCGGGUGCCGUCGCCGUGCUUCUUCCUGGCUUUUGAGGUCUUUGACAACUUCGCCCACGACGUGAUCCGCUACGACCCGGCGACCGAGGAGCCGCACCAGGGGCUGGUGCUGAUCGACGAGGCGGGCGACUUUUACGAGUUUUACACGCGCCACUUGGACCCCGUCGCGGCCCGCUUCCUCCGCGUGCGCGACGCCGCCACGGGCGGGCGCUACAAGGUCCCCUACCCGACGAGCCGGCUGGGCAAGUGGCUGGCGGCGCAGAGGCCGCUGGCGCCCAAUCUCAGCGAGCCCGAAUACAUACCCACGCGGCUGAUGCAGUUCUUUGACGUCCUGGGCCGCUUCUUCCCCGGCCACCGGCUGCUGACGAGCGAUUUCAACUCGCUGCCGGGCGCCAUCAAGGGCCUCAACGCGCCCAUUGUGCAGACGCGGUACCAGAGAGAGCCGGUGCCCGUUACUACUCCGUUGGUCCACCAGGGGUAUUUCGACAUCAUGUUCCCCACCAACUUUCAAACCGCAGAGGCAACCUACCAGGCCAUCACGGGCAAACUGACGCGCGUGGUCUCCCAUAAGGAGUUUAUGCGGAGGUGGGCCUAUCUCGAGGACACGGAGACACGAAGCGGCGAGAACCCUUUGCUGUCGUGGUACAAAAACACUAGUGUGUUAUUUACUGUAUGA